UCUGUAAUUCUGCAAGUAACUUGACAGCGACAAUUGGCAAUUUUGACUAGUUUAACUGUACAGCGGUCGCUCAGUGACUGUUGGACAACGCGAUAAAUUAAGAAUGACAAAAUAAGCAUGAGCUUGCUAUCAGUACUUGGUGCGGAACAGCCGCGAGGCUGGCUCAGUUGCUCGGCACAGCUGCAGCCGCGCUUCUCGUCGAGCUCGGGGCCUGGACUCAGGCCUGGACUGGGCACAGGCUCAAGAGCAAGCCCCUGGAUAUGGGCGAAGCGGGGUGGCCGGAGCGGCCAGCUGGCUACUGCCGCUCAGCCUGUGCCGGGACAGUCACACCGUGGCGAUGUGACGGCCCGUCGCGAAGCCCCUGCUGCAGCUGCGCUCAGGCGCUUCGAGACACUGUGGAUUGAGCAUCGGCGAGAGCUGCAGUUGGGCAAGUCGUCAGCGGCCGCCAUUCUCGAUGAAGUCAGGAAGGGUCGCCUGCCGUGUGACGCCGACCUGCUGCACCGGCGCGCCCGUGCCCUAAUCCAGCUGGACCCGCUGCUGCCGCACCUGCGGCUGCGGCAGCUGCUGUCGGACGCGCCGCGCGCUAUCCUUGCCCACGAGCCGCAGCUGCUGCUGCAGCGUGCCGCGCACCUGGCCGCCCUGCUGCCCGGGCACGACACCACGCACGUGCUCAUGACCGUGCUGCCGUAUAUAGACCGUGAUGUCAGCAUAACCGCCGCCAACUACCUAGAAUUGGACUUCGUGUUCGGCGCCGCAUUCGGCGGCGCGCGCCUGCCGCCCAGCGCCUUCGCACACCUGCUGCGAUCGCCGGGGGCAAGCGUCCUGCCGCCGGUGCCCAUGGCACCAAACCCGGGUACAAGAGCCGCCAUGCAGCCUACAAAAGUGGAGGCGCAGCAACAGCUGCCAAAACAGGAGCAUGCGCAGCCAGGGCAUCAGCGGGAGGACAUGCAAGAGGGGGCGGCAGUGCUUGAUGUCUCGCCGAAACCGCAGCAGCCGGCAGGGGAGGUGGCCGCCCAGCGGCGGCAGGAUGCGCAGGCGCGGGCGCAGUCCCGCGCGCAGGCGAGCAAAGGCUUCGUGGACAGCGCGGCCCUUGUGCGCCGUCUGCAGACCUUGGUGAUGCUGUUUGGUCGAGAGGUGGCGUACGUGGGCGUGCAGCGGCGACCACAGCUCAUGGACCGGGACCCGCACGAACUCGCCGCCCGUCUGCUGCAGAUGCUUGCAGCGGUGGAUGCGCCGCGUCCAUCAGCACCUGCGCACCCUACAGGACCGCAGUCUACAGGACCGGCCGCACGCUCACCAUCAGUCCCUGAUGCACCUCCUGCAUUGUCAGGUGACGCAACAGCUGCCGAUUCAACUGCGGUCCUAGCUGCUGCAGUGGCAGCCCGCGGCCGCACGGCGAGCCGAGUGCUGGAGGAGGCGCCCGAGGUGCUGGACCUGGAGCUGGCGGAUGUGCGGCAGCGGGUGACAGACCUCAGCGCCAGCCUUGACUGGGGCGGCGGCCAGGUGUCGCAACUGGUGCAGCACAACCCCGCAGUGCUGCUGCGACCGCCGGAGGCGUGCCGUGAGAACCUGGCCCGCCUGCGGCUGUACGCGCUCAGGCGCCCCGACACCUGGUUCACGGAGCUGGGGGCGUACCUGGCGGCAGGUAGGCCGGGCAGUCCUCCCCCGGCUACAGCCCCACACGCCACACCCUCGGCUCAACUAGCAGCCACUGUGGCUGGACCGACAGCACCAGCGGCAUUAAUUCGAGAGCAGGGCUUGGCGGCGGGGACGCAGGAGCUGGAGCCAGAGGUGCUGGCGAUGGUGGGGCGCAUGGUGUGUGCCGAGGAUGAGGUGCUGGACCGGUUGGAGUACUGCGUGGUGUCUGGUGAGCGGGCCGGCGCCAGCCUGCGGGAGCUGCUAUGGGAGAGCCGGCUGAAGUUUGUGAAGCAGUGUCCGCGCUACAGCCGCUGGUGGGCGGAAGCGCUGGCGCGGCAGCGGAGCGAGGACGGGGACGUGUUCGGGUUUGGGUCCGGCGUGGGCCUGGGCUCGGACGGGCGAGGGGAGGCGGAGGAGCUGGGCCAGGGCCGGGCGCAUGCGGGGGGCCUGGACGCGCUGCUGGAAUGGACGUACUAGGAGCAGGAGCAACUUGGCUGGGGUAGGCGGGGUUGUCUUUGCGCGAGGGGUGUGGGGUGGGCCCGGGGGGUGGGGUUGAGAGCGUCUGGGGAGAGGGUUCAACAUAACCGGC